CGAUAGCUCGUCCCUCCCUCAUAUUUUUUAUUCCUCAUAAACUUUAAACACUGAACGAAUCGGACGGACCCACAAGACUAGAGAAAAAGAAAGAAAGAAAGAAAGAAAGAGAGAACGAGAGAAAGAAAAAAACAAACACACGCGAGUCGGACUUUAUAUAAAUCAAACUCAAACAGUGAAGGCAAACGUUGAUUUUUAGACCCAACUUCGCUUGGUGGAAAUACAAAUUAUCGAGACUAGAUACGAAGAGCGGAUUCAAAACUCGGGAGCUGAAACGCCAAACUAAAAGCUUCUGCGUUCCCUCCUUCCUCCCUUCCCUCCCUCCUCCUCCUCCUCCUCCUCCCUCGUUCUGAAGCUGGUGGUUUUUUACGGGCUGCUUCUUCCCAUGAGCCUUUGCAACUAGACGCUUCCUCCCUCCUCCCCCUAACUUCCUGCUCCGCCCCCCAGUCAGUCUGCCAGCCAAUCAGGGGCACAGCCCUCCUCCUCGCUCCCCCUCUCCUCCUCGCUCCCCUGUUCCUCGAUGGAGGACUCCGAUGUGGAGUGCACAGCCAGCCUGCUGGCCUCCGUGCGCGAGCAGGAGGUGCAGUUCGAGAGGCUGACCCGUGCGCUUGAGGAAGAGAGACGCAGCACUCAGAGAGGGACGCUCCCACGCGGCGCGCAGCAGAACGGGAGGUUACCUGGCGAUGCUGAGUUCGAGCGACAGAAAGUAUCUGAAGUCUAUCUGAACGGAACACAGCCGCAGCAGUACAGCACUCUGACCAGGAUGUUGGACCCGGGCCACUUUGUGGAGGAGACGGUCACGAUGGAGGAGGAUCCCGACCUGCCUGCCUCCGUGGUUUCCGUGGAAACGUCGGAAGACGGGACCACGCGCAGGACGGAGACCACGGUGAAGAAGGUUGUAAAGACGGUCACGACUCGCACUGUGAUCCCCUCAGUCUCUGUCUCGGACGCCCUCUCCCUCGACGGCUCAAUCCAGGGGGGCAACGGCUUCUCCGGGGGCUCCAUGCAGGGCGGGGGGGCCCCGGGGAACGGGGGGGGCUACAACGCCACGCUGGAGCGCAUGUACCGGGGAGGAGGAGGAGGAGGGACCCCUGCUCCUCCUGCGGGAAACAUGUACAUGGGACCCCCGGGCACCGCCACCGUACCCCGAAACUAUCACUACGCAGACUCCGCUGGGGGGUACCCGCGGGGAGGAGGGGGCUACGGGGAGACCAACAACUACCGUCCAGGCCCCCCCUCGGAGGCUUACGCCAGCCUGUCGAGAAUGCAGCACAUGGAUGACAGAUACAGGCCCGCGGACGGGUACCGCACUCUCGAUGCGGGGUACCGGGCCCCCAGCAGGCAGGCCGACCCGUACGCAGCCCAGCCGCAGGUGCGCAUGGGGAGCAACCUGGAGCUGGCCGAGGGGGGGCACCCCGAAAGAUUCGUCCCCGAGUCCUACGGCCUGGAGGACGACCAGAGGAGCCUGGGAUACGAGGACCUGGACUACGGGCUGGCCCCGGGGGGCCUGGGGGGGGGCCCGAGACUACCCCAGCAUGACCUGAGGAGCGCGGGGGGCACGCUGGACCCCCGCCGGAGGCUCAGGAGCUAUGAGGACACCCUGGACAGUGACAUGGGGGGAGGGGACCCCUAUUACUGGGCGAGCAACGCCCCUCUGGCCCAGGCGGAGCGGGGGAGCAUGGCCAGUCUGGACGGCACGCUGCGGAAGGGGGGGGCGCCCCAAAACUGGAGGCAGCCAGAGCUCCCCGAGGUCAUCGCCAUGCUGAACUACCGACUGGACCCCGUGAAAUCCAACGCAGCCGCCUUUCUACAGCACCUCACCUUCCAGAACGACAAGAUGAAAUCUGACGUCCGUCGUUUGAAGGGGAUCCCCGCGCUGGUCGGCCUCCUGGAUCACCCCAAGAAAGACGUUCACUACAGCGCCUGCGGGGCCCUGAAGAACAUCUCCUUCGGACGGGAGGGAGAGAACAAGGUGGCGAUCAAGAACUGUGACGGGGUGCCGGCGCUCGUGAGACUGCUGAGGAAAGCGAGAGACCAGGACCUCACAGACUGCAUCACAGGCACCCUGUGGAACCUCUCCUCUCAUGACUCUGUGAAGAUGGAGAUCGUGGAUCACGCGCUGCACGCUCUCUCAGACGAGGUCAUGGUGCCGCGGUCGGGGUGGGAGAGAGAGCAGAACGAGGACUCCAAACCCAGACACAUCGAGUGGGAGACGGCCCUCACCAACACUGCAGGCUGCCUCAGGAACGUGAGCUCGGAGCGCAGCGAGGCUCGCAGGAAGCUGAGGGAGUGCAGCGGGCUGGUGGACGCGCUCAUGUACAUCGUGCAGUCACAGAUCAACCGCCAGGACGUGGACAACAAGCUGGUUGAGAACUGCGUGUGUCUGCUCCGAAACCUGUCCUAUCAGGUCCACAGGGAGGUCCCGGGAUGCGAGCGCUACCAGGAGAACGCCCUCCUCAGCCAGUCCCCAAACUCCAACGGGACCCAGCGAGCCAGCUGCUUCGGGAGCAAGAAGGGCAAAGAUGAGUGGUUUUCUAAAGGAAAGAACAACACUGAAGAUUACAGCACAGAAGUUAUUGACAUUCCAAAACGCUCCGUACCAGCGAAAGGUUAUGAGCUGCUGUUCCAGCCGGAGGUGGUGCGUUUGUACACGUCUCUGCUGAAAGAGUCUAAAAUCCCUGCGGUGCUGGAAGCAGCUGCUGGAGCGCUGCAGAACCUGUGUGCGGGGAGAUGGACGUACGGGAGGUAUAUCCGCGCGAUGGUGCGUCAGGAGAAAGGGCUGUCGAGCAUCGCGGAGCUGCUGGAGCACCCCCAGGACAGGGUGGUGAGGGGCAUGUCGGGGGCGCUGAGGAACCUGGCCAUCGAUGGGAGGAACCGGGAGCUCAUCGGGAAGCACGCGAUGCCCAGUUUAGUGUUGAACUUACCGGGAGGGCAGCAGCAGCCAGCCAAGAACCUGAGUGAGGAAACGACGGUGUCUGUGCUGAGCACCAUGAACGAGGUCCUGCAGAACAACCUGGAGGCAGCCAAGAAACUGAGGGAGGCACAGGGGAUUGAGAAACUGGUGCUGAUCAACAAGGAUGGCAAUCGCACAGACAGGGAGGUUCGGGGCGCGGGCCUCGUGCUGCAGACGGUUUGGGGGUACAAGGAGCUGCGGAAGCCCCUGGAGAAGGAGGGCUGGAAGAAAACGGACUUCAUGGUGAAUCUGAACCCCGUCCCCCGAAACCAGGGGUACGAGGACAGCACGCUGCCCCUCAUGGACAAGAGAGCCGGUGAGAAGGGAGACCGGGACAGAGACAUGAUCCCCAUGAACGACUUGGGCCCAGAGGCGUAUUCCACUCUGGACCAGCGAGACCGAAACCGGACUCUGGACCGGUCCAUUGACAUGUCAGAACAAGACCACAUGCAGAGGGGUUUGCUUGAAGGCAGUAAUGGUUCUCUGACUCACCUGGUUGACUCCUACGAUGAAAAACUAAUAAUCUUCAUCUCCCAGAGAGAUUUGUCAAUCCAAUCCCACUGCCGCUAGGAACUGGCAUGAGAGAGAGCGUGUGAUCGAUCCAGCGUAAAAUAACCAAGAAAUUAAUAAUACAGAAAAAUACAAGAAACAGAGGCAGGACUGGAGAUUCAAAGGAGGGGGAGCCAUUCUGUCUGUUUCAUUCAAGAAGAAAAAUCUCUCUCUCCUAAGAUCCCCACCCCCCCCAAAAAAUAUAUCGUCCGAUUGCAGCCGACCACCCAGGGUCAUGAAACCAGUGAGGUAAUUUGAGCAGCUGCAGUACCGACUGCAGCCACCAGAGGGAGGCAAUAUCCGAUGCAGAAUUGUACUUUAUAUAAUUAUUAUAAUGGGUUUAAAGAAAUUGAUUUUAAAAUGUGUGUUUUUUUUAUUUCUUUUCAUUAUCAAGUAAAAACAUAAAGGUU